AUGACUCAACCUACAAUGCCGUGUCCCAUUUCAGGUGGUGGAUGGUCGAUGCAACCAUUGACAUCGUCGGAGGCCAGCAUUUGGUUGCGAGAGCUUGCGGGGUACCAUGUUGUGCCAGGGGAUAAAAGUGCAUUGGAGUAUUCUCGAGAUGCAGCCUCACCUAUUUUGAGGCAGAUUGAGGCUAUUUUUAUGUCUGUCAGGGCAGGCAUCUUUGCACCUGAUGCACCUCGUUCACAACGGUGGUCUGGAGCCUAUACCUUGGAUGAAGCUGUCAAGUUAGCCUCAUGCCAACAUGGUCCUUACGAUGCUGUUUCUCUUUUUGGAAAUUUGAACACCACAGUUUUGGAAGAUGGUCAUGUUGCUUCAAGUGGAGUUGAACCUGAAGAGCCAGAGCGCGUGUCCUCUCCGGUGCUUGGACCUCAAAGUGAAGAAGGACUUGUUUCUUCACAACCAUGGCAUGAUGAAAUGACUCUUGCAGAACUUGGAAAGAUAAAAGCUUAUGUUGCUGAAGUUGAGUCUUCAAUGUGUCAACAGUUUCAGCUUAGUGAUGCAAGUGACGUAUCUGAUUCAGUGAGCUCAUCGUGUGACGGUGACAGUGACUCUGAUGAUGCUCAGCGUCGAGUGGAGCUGGACGGUGGGCGCAACUCCAGAGACCUUGUAGCGCCCUCGGACAUUGCUGGGAAGAAGUGUUUCAGACUUGUCAAGUCAAAGAAACUGCAUCUUGUUGAGAAGUGCGUCAGUGGUUCUGAAGUUUUCAAAUGCGGACGUAAAUGCAAUUCAAACUAUGAGAAGCUGGAGUGUAUACGGCUCUCCAGUGAAGCCUACACAGCCUUGCAGAGAAAGGGCUGGAACACGUUUGGGAGCUAUGCCUUCUCCAUUUCUACAAAUCCUGCACAGAUCUCAGAUGACGACUUUGACAACAAGGUAUCAAUCCCUUUGUUGGGAGGAGCAGACCAUGGAGAGGCGGCACUGCUGCGGAGGCUUCUUUUUGAAAGUUACACUCUCACAGCAACGGAGUUGAGAAGGAAAGCCGAUACCAGCGAAGCUGACGGCCCAAAGAAACUUCCUGUGCAAGAGAUUGCAUCUCGCUUUGCUGCCCUGGAGGGCAAGUUAGCCCCACUGAAGUACAUUGAAUGGGCAAAAUGCACCAGCAGGGCCUCCGAGCUUAACAACAUCAAAGAGCAGGCCAAUCUCAAAGUAUGGAAGGCAGACUCUUCAGGGACUAUAAAGCAGUCAGAGGCUGAAAGCUCUCUGAGGUGCAGCAUCAGCAGUGAGCUAGACGUGCUCAACGCACUUCGCCGUCGUGGAGCGGCAUAUGAGCUUUCAAAGCUCAUGAGCUAUGAGGUUCACGACACGAUCAUCAACUUGCUUUUCAAUGAACUACAACGUGAACCUUUGGAAGGAUUCAAGCAGCCAACAAUGAAUCAGCUGGCCGCUGCAGACCGGGAAAUCCAUCUACGCUUAGCAGAGCGUACGCGGUCAGGCCUACCUUUGGGCCCAUCUGGAGAGUUGCCACUGGACAAGUGGGUUCCUGAGGUGUUGUUGCUUCCUUCGGUGAUGUGGCUCCUCAUGCCGAAGCAGAAGGCGCUGGUGGCUGACAAACCCACCGCUGGAAAUCCAAGUGCAAACGCAGGCCCAAAGAGGACGCAACCUCCACCUGACAGAAAGGUGAACCCAAAGAAUGGCAAGUUCGACAAGUUCAAGAACAGACGUGGGUCCAAGACGCCCAUGCCAGUGCAACUCAGAGGUGGGACGCCAGUGGACGCCGAAGGGCGAGCCAUAUGCUAUGGUUUCAAUCUUGGCGAAGGCCUCACCAAAGUUUGGGGCACUGGAAGUUGGAAGCUUCAGGCCAUGUUCAAGAUGGGCGCAAGCCCGCUCCGUUUCUACUUGAACUUUUUUGUGGAACAGCAGGUGUAUGUGCACAGUUCAGAUUACAAGGAGGCAGAGCAUUGGGUGCAUACCAGUGAAAAGGAAAUUGGCGUGAGCCGAGCAAAAGUCCUGGCCGCAAACUGCCUCUACAAGUUUUCUGCAGAGAUAGUGUUACUGUGCGACUCACUCAACAUACCUUUCACUGUGGAGAAUCCAGCAAACAGCCUUAUGUGGAAGACACCUUUCUUUAAACCUUUGCUGCUGCGUUAUUUUUUCCACGUGGUCGAUGCCUGCGAGUAUGGAUCCGAUCACAAGAAAGCCACUGGUUUUUUGGCCAACUUUGAUGCACCGCGUUUACAACAAAGGUGCAAAGGAGAUCACGAUCACAAAGCAUGGUCCAUUCGCAGAUCGGAGGAUGGUGAAUGGAAGUUUGACACGGCUGCUGAGGCUGAAUACCCGAGCAAGUUGGCACGUGAAUUGGCAGCCUCUUUCAUUGACAAAAUGAUGCAGUCUGGUAAGUUUCAAUUGCAUGAAGAAGUGGAGGACUACGCCAUUAAGGUGUCAGCAGGUGCACAGCCGAGACGGACCAGAGGUCUCCUUUUGUUGUCAGAAUACAAGUCCAAAGUCGAAAUCACCUGCAAGCCAUCAGACUUGCCACCUGCGACAAUCCCCAUGGACGCAGAACCACCAUGGCAGGGCAUCCCAGUAGGUGCCAAGCUGUUAGAUUCCAAGCCGGUGCAAGUAGAAAAUGGGGAAGAAGGCCGGCUGAAGGUAGAGUAUGGCAUACACUUUUCACCAGCUGAGUUUAUUGAGAAAGCCAAGGAGCUGCGACACCCGUUUGACAUGCCAUUGCCGCUGGAAGAGACCAACAUGGCGUCGAUAGCCUUCAUUUUGAGCGAAGGGCCUUUGAGAGUUGCAAAAUACAGGACAGACAUGUUGAACCACUAUCUGGCACGUGCAAAGGCCUUGCAUGCUCAGGAACGGGCACUACAUGAAAGCUUGGAUGAACAGAUCAGACCUGUCAUGGCGUCCAAACGCCUCUUGCUCUUUAAGGAGAUGAUGGACGACGCUGGGGUACAAGACAAAGAGCUUUUUUCAGACAUGUGCAAUGGUUUUCGUUUGGUAGGAGACCUGCAGCCUUCAGGACAGUUCCAACAGCAAUGGAAGCCGGCAACACUGGGAGUGGAGCAGUUGCAACAGACUGCGAUUUGGGCUCAGAAGGCAGUAGUCUCCUCGUGCAGAAGGUGCGAUGAGGACAGGGAAAUUGCGGAAGCAGUCUGGGCAGAGACCUUGGAUCAGGCAUCAGCUGAAAAACAGUGGGUUCGUGGACCUUUCACUGCAGAGCAGGUCACGGAAAGACAAGGACGCCAUUGGAUCCCCGCAAAACGCUUUGGAGUUAAACAGGGCGGCAAAGUGAGGCCUGUGGACGAUUUUUCCCAGUACCUCAUAAACGCUGCUGUGACCUGUCAUGAGAAGAUUGACCUGGAAGGCAUCGACCACAUAGGCUCCACAGCUAGGUUUUUUCUUGGUGCCUCGCAAGAGGAUGGAUCGUGGCAGCUUCCUUUUGGAGAUGGUGUCAGUUAUGGGCAAAAGUCAUCAACUUGGUCCGAUGCCGAAUGUGCGGACCUCCAAGGCAGAUGCUUGGACCUUCGCCAAGCAUACAAGCAAUUAGUGCGACACCCAGAUGACUCCUGGGCUUCAAUAUUGGCAGUGCUGAAUCCCGAUGAUGGAUGCGUUUACUUUUUCGAGGCCGUGGCCUUGCCAUUUGGGGCGGUGAGUUCAGUAUGGGCGUUCAAUCGAGCAGCCCGUGCACUACGCACUAUACUGGCCAGGCUAUUGAAACUGGUCGUCACAAACUUCUUCGACGACUUCUGCCAGUUGGAGCUGGGUGUGUUAACAACCUCAGCAUGGAACACGGCAGAGUUGGUCAUGCAGCUGCUAGGAUGGGAAGUUUCUACAGGAGAAGAAAAAAGACGGCCCUUUUCGAAGUCAUUCGAGAUCUUAGGAGCCAUAGUCAGCUUCCCUAUGGACCAGACAGGUGUUGUCACUGUCUGCAACAAGGAGUCACGACUGGAACAGUUGAAGCUGCAGCUGAUGGAGCUGCGUGAAGCUCAAGGCACGGCCAUUUCCAGGACGAAGGUCGAGUCGUUGAAGGGCAAGCUGCUAUACGCGGCAGGGCACACCUACGGGAGGUGCACCCAGCUGGCCUGCCAGCUGUUGCACCGUUUUAGUGGCAUGGGGUCUAUGGUGCAAGUUACGGCUGAACUAGUGCAUGCCACCUCACAUGCGUUGGAGCUCUUGGCGCAGGCCAAACCCAGGCGUAUCACGGCCUGGUGCGAUGUGCCCCCAGUACUGGUUUUUACAGAUGGUGCCGCAGAAGAUGACAUGGCUCGGGUGACACAUGGUGCCCUGAUCUUGGAUCCCUGGUCAGGUCAGGCCUUUUACUUCGGAGACCACAUCGCCACGGCCUUUGUGGAAUUCUGGACAAGGGCAGGCAAGCGACAGGUUAUCUCACAGGCCGAAAUAUUUCCGGUCCUAGUGGCAAAGGAGACGUGGGGCCACAUCCUAGAGAACAGGAGCGUGUUGUGGUUCUUGGACAACGACUCUGCCAGACAGUCGUUGGUGAGGAACUUUUCACCCGUGCUGGAUAACUUUUGCCUGCUCCAGUUCAACGCUCAGCUAGACAUGUUGGUGCAAGCGCGCCAUUGGUACGCGCGGGUGCCAUCGAAGAGCAAUCCUUCAGACGAUGCAUCAAGGCUGGACUUCAGCCCAUACAACUUUGCUGAAAAAUCCACUCCAUGUUACACACUGGCCAUGGAGGCGCUCAAAAGCUUUCAGCCACGUUUCUCCGGCCGGGUUGCGGCCAUAUGCUUUCCCAGCAAUCCUUUCAAGUUCAGCGGUACGUCGGACCUGGCGAGCGCUUUCCAGAGCGACUUCUUUGAGGCUGUGAAGGUCUGUGCCUGUCGUGGUUCGUUUGGAGCCCACGCCAAUUGCUUGGUGAAUUUGGCCAUCAGCCGAUGGCCGAAACUGGAAGUUUGGCGGAGCUGCAGGAUCUGUGGCCAAGUCUAUGUUGGAGUUGCCCGCCUGUCUCUGGCCCAGGCCCUCUUUGCCAAGGUCCGUUGGAAAACUGGCAGUCAGAGCGUUCUGCGUCAAUGGGUCGUGCAGAACCUGAUCUGUGCCCUGUAUGAAGUGGGAAGGUAUCAGGAGGCCGCACAACGUGCCAAAAGCGCACUGGACAGCUAUGCCAAGAUGUCCAAAUUGAAGCAUCCCAGAGCCCUCAGAGUUGCCACGAUCUAUGCCAGUUCCCUGCGUGAAAUGGGUAGAUAUGAAGAGGCCGUCACCUUGCAACGACAGACCUUGGCGCAGCAGCGCAGUACGUUGGGAAAUGAACAUCCAGAUGCGAUCAUUUCGGCUAACAACCUGACCAGUUCCUUGAGCCUGUUGGGCAAGAGAGAAGAAGCCACCACGCUUUCACGGCAAACCUUGGAAGUGAUGAAACGCUUCUUUGGGGAGACCCAUCCGGACGCCCUGAUCGCUGCCAGCAACUUGGCGGCGCUGCUGCAGGAAGACGGCGUAUACGAAGAGUCUGCUGAGGUGGCCAGACGAACGCUUGACAUCCAGCGACCACUACUCGGACCGGAGCAUCCUGAUGUGCUGUGCACCAUCAACAAUCUGGCGGCUGCUUUGCACAUGCAGGGCAAGCGCUCCGAGGCAAUCUUCUUCCAGCAGGAGACCUUUGACAUUCGCCGGCGUACUUUGGGCCUUGGAAAUGUGGAGACAUUGGUGGCCGCACACAACUUGGCCAGCAUGCUGCAGCAGCAGGGCCGCUAUGCAAAGGCAGCUUCACUGCAGCGUGAGACAUGGGAGGUCUUGGUUUGCACUAUGGGACCCCGACAUCCAGACACAUUGACAGUGAAGAGUGCUUUGGCGUCGACUUUGGAACAGCAGGGACACCUGAUUGAAGCAGAGCAGCUGGGUCGUGAAGCCCAUGAACAAGAGGAAGAGGCGCUUGGGCGCAAGCACCCGCGCACCCUCGGCAGUGCGCACAACCUCAGUAACAUCCUGAGGGAGCGAGGCCAGUACCGGAAGGCCGUGAAGCUGCUUGAGGAGACCAAAGCAUCACUGGAGGAGGUCUGUGGAGUGUAUCAUCCGCGAAGUCUGGUAGCGGCGUGCACUUUGGCGAACCUCCUCCUGAAGAUGGGCCGCUUCCAACGUGCCCUGAUGCUGGUAGUACCAGCUCGGAGACUGCAGGAAAAGUCUUUGGGUGCGAAACAUCCUCAUGUUGCAGCAAGCACCUGCAUCGUUGCAGCUGCACUACGUGACUUGGCACGAGUGCAUGAAGGUGCCACUCUGCCAAAAAUCCUGGAAAAAACAGACCUUCCAGAGCUGGAGACUCGAAGCGCUGCAGCGGCUGCUCUGCAUUUGGCUCAGCAAGCCCUGUCCAUCCAGCAGGAGAUCUUGGGAGCAAAGCAUCCCAACACCUUGGACGGGAAGUUGCUUCUGGCCGAGUGCUUAUUGGACCUGGGAAGACGGAAGGAAGCAUAUGCAGCUGCCUUGUUCGCUUUUCGGGUGAGACGUCGUGGCUUUGGGAAGCAACAUCCCAGAACGCUUUCAGCGGCAAUCAUCUUAGCGGCAGCACUAGGAAGGCAACAGCGUGGACAGGCCAAGCAACUCCUUCGCGGAGCCCUUCGGGUGUUGUUCAAGGAGCGCGGCCGAGUUCAUCCUUUAACGCUGAGUACCAUCAGCGAUCUCUUGGCACUGCAAUCGGCCCCUCCAGGGAAGAUUUGGCGUGUCUGGCAGGCUCAACGUCAGCUCCUGGGCCCACGGCAUCCAGACGUGUGUUGCAGUGCUCUGCGCAUGGUCGAGGCAAGAAAGCAUAGUUGUCGCAAGCGCAAAAUGGCGCCAAGCAGCACAGCAAAUGCUGAGCCAGAGACCAAAAAGUUUGGUUCGUUGAGGUACGUCUGCGCGCCCAAUUUCUGGGAGGACUUGCGCAGCACCCUGCAGGCCAUCGAGCAGCGUCGCGAUGAACGCGGCAAACUGAAAGCCCAGCAGUUGCUGAAGCAGAUCGCCCGUUUGGAAGUGAAGUUCUGGGCAAAGGCCAGUGUGGCUAUGCUGAAAGAACUUGAUGCGGAAUCGCGGCUGGAGAGAAUCGUGGACUGGCUGCAGACCUUCGGUGAUGGGGACUCGGAAGACAGCUCCUCGGGGCCAGCAGUGCUGUUUCAGGUUUUGAGUGAUGUCACCCUGCAGAAGGAUUUUGAGGCUCCUCAGAGAGAAGCUCUUUCUGCAGCAGUGCGAGACAAUCUUCCAAAAUUUCCGGUCGAAAUGCAGGCGCUGUUGGAGCGCGUGGGCAGCUUGACCGAACCACGAUCCUUUGCAGUUCCAGACUGGCGGAGGAGGCAUCAGCCAACGCAGCUGGAUGCUCCCACCUUGGGUCCUGGGGCGAAGCUAUUAUUUGGUGUGGGGCCACAGGAUGAGCUGGGUGAUGCACAGGUACCAAAGACAAGUACCUCUGCAGAUCCAGCAGCCGAUGGUCACACGCCACCGGAGGAGAUUCCGGUGAUCUCUGUUGAGGACGAGGCGGCCAAUGCAGAGAUUGUACAAAGACUUUUGCAGAAGGAAUUGGCGGAGGAAGCGCCCGUUGGUGGUUCUGAUGCUCAAGUGGAGGAACAGCCUGCGUCCCUUCCACACUCUGCAGAUCCAUUUGCUGAUCUGCUGGGGACUAUCAUGUCGUGGCUGCAGCAGGCUGGAGGAACCCUGGAAAGAGAGGCAGUUUUGCCUCUGAUCAAGGCAAUGGGCUUCAGGAUUAGAGCUGUGAUCCAAGCACUCUCGCAAGAUGUCUUUUGGUCGCAUCCGGAAGCUGAAUGCGAGAUACUGCUGCGGACACAAGCUGGGGCUGCACUCCAUCCAAAGCCUUUGCCGAGUAACUACUUGCAUGACACAGUGAGGCGAAAUCUGGUCUCACAUGUGAAACAGAUGGGCUCCAAAGCCAAGUACGACAAGUUGGCCGGGCUCUUGGGCUGGAAUGCCAAGUCGGAGCUGCGAAGAACGUACGGUGCUCUGCGGAUCGUUUUGUCCGGCCUGCACGAGAUCUUCUAUGACUCCACGAAGCUCUACCUGAAACAGGUUCUUGAAGGGGUAGUUGACUGGCCUGUCAACAAAGAUGGGCGAAUAGGACCAAACUCUAACAAGGACAUCAUUCAGCACUGGACACGUGCUUGCGAUGAUUUGAAAGGUGCUGGAGACAUUGAUUGGUUCAAUGCCAAACGACAACUCUUGGGUGUGGUGAUGCAACAGGGCGGCCGCCUAGACGUACAGGUGGCGCGAUUUCUCAUCAACCCGGCAGGAGAACAGGCCACCCUUGAGCGGGUUUUUGAGGCUGGCUCCAAGUACGAUCUCACCAAGGUGCUGUUUUGGGAGCCGCGGCGCGUCUUUCGAAGAUGGCAACCCAUGGCCGUGGAAGACGCACAGGGCGACCCAGAGCUGCAGCAAGCGCUUCUGAAGGUGAUCCGGGCCAAGGGCUCUGCGUCUCUGGAUGAGCUCAAGGCUGCCUUGGAAGAAGUGGGGACGAAGGUGGGCAUCCCGAUGAUUCUUUGA